AUGGCAGCGGAGGCCACAGUUAACAGAAGCUCGGACCUGGUGCUGAACACACAGAAGGAUGGCAAGAAAGAUCGCGCAGCUGUGGACAAAGUCUUCUUCCUCCGGAUCCUCCGGAUCCUCCGGGUCUUGGUGCCUCGCGUUUUCUGCAUGGAGGCGGGCUACCUCAUGUUUAUUGCUGCCAUGCUGGUGGCCAGAACCUACUGCGACGUGUGGAUGAUCCAGAAUGGGACCAUGAUCGAAAGUGCAAUUAUCGGUCGCUCCACUAAAGAUUUCAAGAUCUGCUUGUUGAAGUUUAUUGAAUUCAUGCCAAUUAUCUCCCUGGUGAACAACUUCCUGAAGUUUGGUCUGAAUGAGCUGAAGCUGAGGUUUCGUGAGAGGCUAACCCAGCAUCUCUACAACCAGUACCUGCAAGGUUACACUUACUACAAAAUGGGAAACUUGGACAACCGUGUAGCCAACGCAGACCAGCUGCUGACACAGGAUGUGGAGAAGUUCUGCAACAGUGUGGUGGAUCUGUACUCCAACGUCAGCAAGCCUCUGUUAGAUAUCGGCCUCUACAUCUUCAAACUGACGAGUGCCAUCGGUGCCCAGGGUCCAGCCACCAUGAUGGUCUACCUGCUGAUCUCAGGCCUGUUCCUGACCAGAUUACGGAGGCCAGUAGGCAAGAUGACCGUGGCUGAGCAGCGUUACGAGGGCGAGUACCGCUACGUGAACUCUCGCCUCAUCACCAACAGUGAGGAGAUCGCCUUCUACAACGGGAACAAGAGGGAAAAGCAGACCAUUCAUAGCGUUUUCCAGAAACUGGUGGACCACCUGCAUGACUUCAUCUUCUUCCGCUUCUCCAUGGGCGUCGUGGACAGUAUAAUUGCUAAGUAUCUGGCCACCGUGGUGGGAUAUCUGGUGGUUAGCCGGCCGUUCCUGAACCUUUCCCAUCCACGGCACACACACAGCACCCACUCGGAGCUGCUGGAGGACUACUACCAGAGCGGCAGGAUGCUGCUGAGGAUGUCCCAGGCCCUGGGCAGGAUUGUUCUGGCUGGCCGGGAGAUGAGCCGGCUCUCAGGGUUCACGGCUCGUAUCGUCGAACUGAUGAAGGUGCUCAAGGACCUUAAUGCUGGCAAAUACGAGCGCACCAUGGUGUCCCAGCAGGAGAAGGAAGCAGAUGCUGCAGAGAAACUGGUGCUGGUCCCGGGCAGUGGUCACAUUAUUAACAAAGACAACCUGAUCAAAUUUGAGAAUACUCCCCUCGCAACACCCAACGGAGACGUCCUGAUCAGAAAUCUUACGUUUGAAGUGAAGUCUGGCACUAAUGUUCUUGUGUGUGGACCCAACGGCUGUGGGAAGAGCUCCCUGUUCAGGGUGCUGGGAGAGCUGUGGCCUCUGUUUGGUGGGCAUCUGACGAAACCUGAGAGGGGGAAGCUUUUCUACGUCCCACAGAGACCCUACAUGACUCUGGGUUCUCUGAGGGACCAAGUCAUUUACCCCGACACCCACGAAGAACAGAAAAGGAAAGGCAUCUCUGAUCAGGUACGACACUCCCUAACUGUCACCUCUACUAUGGCCAGACUGUUCUACCACAAGCCCCAGUUUGCGAUCCUGGACGAGUGCACCAGUGCAGUGAGUGUGGAUGUUGAGGAUUACAUCUACACCCAUUGCAGGACGGUGGGCAUCACCUUGUUCACGGUGUCUCACAGGAAAUCCCUGUGGAAACAUCACGAGUAUUAUCUGCACAUGGAUGGACGAGGAAACUACGAGUUCAAGCCCAUCACAGAAGAAACAGUCGAGUUUGGUUCAUAACCACCAGCUGCUGACGCCGGCGCAGACUUCCUGUUGAUUUAGAAACCCGUCCUGUGUCCUUUCUGUUUAGUGUUUUGGUUUGGUGGGUGGGUUGCACUCGUGGCAGCAGUUCAAACUACUCACUGUUAAAUCCUUAUCACUGUCGUCCUGUCGAAACAAUAAUUUGUUCACUGCCAAACGUCUGUUUCCGGCCUUUAGGCUGUUUCACACUGAGAGGUAGAGUCAUGCUACUGUGUCACACUGCAGUCAUGCAUCAUAACAGCACCAGGUUUCCUUGUAAUGAGGAUGCUGCUUACAUGUGUCUGUCUGGGAGCUUCUGACUGAAGAGUUGAGCUAAUUCAUGGGAGCAUUUGUGAGGAGGCUGUGGCAUCACAAACACUUCACACAGGACAUCUCGUCUUGUUGCAACCACUCACGUUUCUCUCUCGCUCUCGGGUAACCUUUAGCUAAACUGGGUUUAGGUUCAGAUUCACAACGACGCUUAUUUGUUUUCGUUUGUUUUCAAUUGUGGUACCAGGGGACAUCUUGCACUCCACCUACAGGUGACGACGCCAGCAAGCAUUUCAACUUCCACAUGUAGCUGUGGGUCAUAACCUGUGGGGGAGUUUGUGGGGGGGACCCCUUAUCUGAUGGCAUAAUGUGCUUGCUGCUUCAUUACUGGCUGUUCCUCUCAAAGCCGAAGGAUAAAGGCCGUCUAAAUGUGUCACGGAGUUAAAACAAGUUUGCUCGAUGACUUUUCCUGUGGGACAGAGUCAUCGAGGCCUGUGGUUCAUGUUAAACACAUUAAGUGAUGUCACAGCCUGUAGUUUUCCAGAACUUUGCUCUUGUUUAUAAAGCUGCUCUGAAUAUCUUGACUCUGAAACAAACAGAGAGGGAGAAGCAGCUCGUUUCAGCGUUUUAUGAACUGUCGGUAACAGUACGAGCUGUGGCUCUGGAGCUCAGAGUCAGUUGAACCUGGUGGUUGUCGAGCUGCACCUUCUCCUGUUUUUAAUCAGCGAUGAUGAAACUGGUCGAACAGCAAAUAAUGACUUUGAGCGUUUCCCUUCCCGAUGUGUCAUCACUAAUUCAUGAAUGAAACGUAGAUUCAGUGGGUGGUGGGACUGAAGCCUGUUUGUUUUGUACCUUACACUAAUGGUUUAAAAAUGUAAAGGGGAGCCUUAACUGUGUUGGUAUUUUCUAUAAUUAAUGUUCUCUCACCUCAGAUUAAUGAAAUAAAGAGUUUCAGAAACGA